GUCAGUUAACGAACAGACAAUUGGUAAUUGUGGCAGUGAAUGUGAUUUUUCAAAAUGGGUGGAACAGGCCAGGGUACUACAACAACCACUAAACUGGACAGUCAGAUCUACUGCAUCAGGUAUACGCUGAUGUGCUUCAAUGUGGUUUUAUGGUUAUUCGGUGUUUCCAUAUUCGCCCUUUGUCUAUGGAUCUGUUUCGAGCCCGGCUUCAAUGAAUGGAUGAGGACCUUGGAACUCCAAAAGUAUUUCAUUGGAAUCUACAUCAUCCUUAUCGGAUCGCUGAUCAUCAUGACGGUUUCAUUCGUGGGUUGUGUUGCAGCUCUUGCGGAAAAUUCCAAAAUUUUAUUUGCGUAUAUUGGCACCCAAAUAGCGGCGUUCGUAUUUGGACUCGUGGGAUCUUGCGUGGUCCUUGAUUUCUCCACAUAUGAUUCCAGCAUACAGCCUAUUAUUAAAGACGUUUUUCUGAGAUUGAUUCACAAUCCUCAACACGAAGGAAGCAAGUUGAUCUUAAGGAUGGUACAAGAAGGAAUUGGCUGCUGCGGUGCCGAUGGUGCUAUGGACUAUAUCAACUAUAACAAACCACUACCAUCUGAGUGCCGGGACUCCGUAACUGGCAACGCAUACUUCCAUGGCUGCGUCGAUGAAAUGACCUGGUACCUUGAAGGCAAGACUGGAUGGUUGGCCGGAAUCGUGCUUGCAUCUUGUUUGAUUUGUGUAAUCAACGCUGUCAUAUCUCUGAUCCUCAUUCAAGCAGUGAAAAAAGAAAAGGAAUAUGAAGAAAGAAAAGCACUAAGGACACAUUCAUAUAAUUAGAAUAAACAUAUCUAUAGGUACUUAGUAUAACGUAUAGGUAAAAAACUUUUAAGUAAGAUUAAAAGUUUUAUUAUGAUCGUUAUUUAAUAGUAUUUAAGUAGAUAAUAAUAUAUUUGUAUUAUAUAUAUAUGUGUAUGUAUAUUCUAUAUUUUAAGAUAAGUAGGUGGAAAAGGAAAAUGUUUCACACUCAACGCAACAGGAAUCAAACCCAUACCUCAGCAAUCCGCACCUACUCGUUGUAACAACACCGAUGGUGCCAACGUCUUGUUUAAUGCUAUUUAAAAUGUAGUCAAGAUAUUUUCAUGGCUUUGGGCACGCAUAACCAAACAAAACCAAACACGAGAUUCAAGAUGUUUUACUUUGUCAGCCGGUCACAUUUCUGAUACUCUCCCCUUUCUAGUGUAAAGUCACAUAUUUGCCAUUUAGACCGAGUAUGAACACUCACUAAAAAAGGAUGUAAACCAAUAUAUAUAUAUCUAUAUAUUAAUAUAUUUACAUUAGAUAAAGUUAGAAAUAAUUUUAAAUUCUUUGAUAAUUAUAGUUCAAAUUUCAAGUUUUAAUACUAAAAUAUGUGAAAUUUUAAAAUGUGACGUCACGAUGUUUAUUCCUAUCCCUUGUCACACAAUGUCAUACUUUGUCCUAAUUGGACACAGUACAGUUGACCGUCCAAGGGCAGCUUCCAGCUGUCAAAUCUAACGGAUCAAAUCCUACCGCAUCUGUUUGAAGAUUAUAUUUUCCACCUUAAUGUAUUUAUAUCUAAAUUAAUAAUGAGAACAAUAUAUUUCUUUAGUAAUUCUAUUAUUUUUACAGUAACCACCGUUUUACAUAAAAUUAUUUG